AUGGCAACCAACUGUCAACAAACUUGUGAACGUAGUUUGAAUCGGUACUGAAUAAUAACUAACGGUAAAUCUUAGUUGAGAUAAAUUGCAUUAUGUCGGAGGGAAUGUCCAGAGCCUCCGCAGAAAUCGUGAUUGAAAACAUUAUUCGCGAAAUAUCGCGGGAGUGCGCAGCGAGAGGACACGCGGCGUCGGACUCUUUGGUGGCUUUUAUGGUGAAAGCUGUGAUUCUGGACCCAAGAAAUGGGUUUAAUGUCGAUCGAACACUGACAAAACAAGACGUCCAGAAACUGGAAGGGCUGUGUCUGGAUAAACUGAUGGAAGAGUGCAGCCCGUCACUUGACACUAUCAAGAUGCAAAUGUAUUUUAAUAUGAAUUACACCUCCCGACGUGAGUUUCUUGAGGAAAUCCACCGUUUGGGGGAGUCGAGGCUGGGUGUGGUGAGCAGAGAGAUCACCGACAGCAGAGGGAAAACAUGGGAGGAAUUACACGCUUUGUACAAUAAAAUCAUCACCUACAUCCAGCUGCGGUCCGGCAUUGACUCGCCCGCGGAUGACAGCGCCGUGCGAGAGGCUGCAGCGGCCCUGCAGAGCGUCUUCCCUCAGACUGAACUGGGAGCCUUCAUGGUGCUCUUAAAGAGGGACAAGGAGCAGCAGCUCAAAGAGCUCUGCAUGCUCGUCACGGGGAUCCGACUCUUCAACAAAGCCGGCAGGAGGUCAGGCGAGGAGGCCGACCUCAGUGAACUAAUGCCCGCGGUUCUCACCGUCGCUCUCCCAGUCACCGCUCACAGCGUAGAAAAGGAGCUGAAAGCGUCACAGACUCUGGCCUGGAAAUACACGGCCGUGCUGGAGAGCCUCACGGAGUGUGACGGUCCGCCCGCAGGACGGGACGUUCCCGUUGUCCUGCUCAAACAGGCGCUCUACAACGUCAGGCAGCAUGAAGCCUUCCUCAAAAUGUUACUGUCUGAUGCGUGUGUGUGUGCCGAGCACGUCGAGACCCUGCAGGCUGAGCUCUCAUCACACAUGAAGCUGCUGAGAGAAACUGUGCAAUCAAAGAUGGCCGUACCGACUGCAAAAGUUUUCCCGCUUUUCAAGUCUAUUUCAAAGCUGUGGUCCGGACUUCAGGAUGAGGGCGAGCUGCUGAACGUCCUCUCCAACAUCGCGCUCAACCUGCAGCCCUUCGUGGCCUCUCAGGCCAAGAUUUUCUCUGAGGCGCCUUUGGACGUCCUGCUGGAGGCCUCGAAGGUGAAGACAGACGAGCAGAGAAUGGCCGAGUCAUCGGACGAGCGCAUCGUCCCAGCCGAGAUGCCCACUCAGCAAUGGCUCCUUCCUGAAACAACAGCCGGUUUCUGCCAGCUGCCCCUGCAGUACAACGCGGUCUGUGGCCACACUCUGGCGAGCAGGGACGGGCUCCUGCUCCCAGGCAACCCUCACAUCGGAGUCCUUCACCACGAGGAGAAGUUCUACGUUUUCAGCUCCAAAGAAGCUGCCCUGAAAUUUGCCGCCGGUCCAGGCGCCUUCGUUACAGAGGUGGCGGAGAAGGCCAAGCAGUUCCCCGAACUCAUUCGCCUCCUCGAACUCCACCAACAGUUUUCCCGCGUCAGUCCUUACUCAGAGAUUCUGCUGGGAGAGACUUCGCCGGUGAAGCCCGUCACCAAGUGUGAGAGCGGCACACAGACGGACGUCCACCCGGCGGGGACGGGCGUCGUCCAGUCGUACGAGUGGAACGAGUGGGCGCUCCGGAGGAAAGCCAUCCAACUGGCUGAUCUCAGGAGCAAAGUGACGCACUCGGCGCAGACGGAUCUGAGCCACAUGAGGCGGGACGGCGCCACUCAGACGUGGCUCCCCAAGGACGCGGCCUGUCAGAGCAAGCGGGACGGGGGGAGCAGCGUGCCCAAACCUCAGGUCUACCUGUCCGGUCUGAGGGGACAGAGGGACGGACGCGUGGUGAGGACCAACCUGACCAGGUCUGUGGAUGAAUGACCGCGGGGCCCAACAGACAACAAUGAUAGAAUAAUAAAGUCAUUAAGAAAGAAAAUGUUUGCUUACUUCUACAGAGGAUGUAGAGCAAUGCGCUUCAUAAAUGAAUGAUCCUGUGGUUCAGUGCGGUUUGUCCUCCUCUCUCCUUCAUCUUUCAAUAUUUUAAACAUCACUCUUCUCAUUUACAGUCUAUGGUGUGUUUGCUGUUGUGAAUCUGGGUCUAAUUCUAUGAAUUACUAGAGCUUAUUUUUAAUUCAUCUCUUAAAAGCCCUCUGGCCUACUGCAUUCGCAAGAGAUAAAUAGCAUAUUUGUGUUAUUUAUAUAUAGGAUUCUAUAGUUCUUAGAAUAAAUAUAAAUAUCUACUUCUGGAUGACAAAUCAUCAGAAUCUGAUAGUUCAUAAAACAGUUCAAUGUGUUUGUGUAUUGUUCAUGCACACUUGUCUCACAGCCUGCUGCACAUAAAAAUCAAUAUUGUUAUCUCAUAUUUUGUGUUAAUAUAUUAACAAAACUCAGUAGAUAUAGGUAGGUUACCAUGGGGACCGUGGUUAAAAAUGACCCAGCUUCGUGAGACCAGAAUCAAACCCAAACGUAGUGAACGAUAAUGAUAAUAAACCAGAAUGAGGUCUUACCUCUAAAUGAAGCCACUGAACUGUAACUAGCCGAUGAGAGCUUCUUUCCUCUUGUUUUUUUAGGAGCGGAUAGAGAUUGUUGUUUUCAUUUUGGCAGUUUGCAACGAUUUCACUAAGCGCUCCGUUUAUGUCCACCAUGGCUGCCCGUUCGGCUUUGUCUUAAAUUUGGCAUAAGCCACGACAGAUGUCACAGCAGACUUUACGUAAGCUAAAAAGGCAACAGAAGGACACAAUUUGAAAACUGGACGAGUAAAAAAAUGUCCCCCGCUGAUCCAAAAAACCUGACCGGACUGAUCUCUAUCUGAGUCAAGUCAACAGCCUGACAACAACUAGUCUUAAUAAAAAGGUAUUUUAAUCCAGAAUUCUGUACAACUUGCAAACUACAUGAUUUAACAUGUUGAGGAGAACAUUAAUGAGAGAUGGAGAUAAAAGUAGAAAAAAGUGAGAUUGUCCGUGACUACGACAAAGUGUACGUUCAAGCAUAGGAGGAGCAGGUCAAGUGAUAAAACAAUGACAUAUAACAAAGAAUGACAUAUAACAAUGGAACCCUGAAGAUUUAGCUAAAAAAAA